GGGGGUAAUGUCAGUGGACCAGAUGGCCAUAGCUCAAGAUUAAAGAAUAGAUUUGUCAAGAGACGGAGGGAAGGAGGGGAGAGGAGGAGGGAGGUGGACAGGGAUAGGAAAAGGGGGGUUGGGGUGGAGUAAAAAAAAAAAAAAAAAGUAAUUUGCAAGAUGGUCGUAAUCCUGUCAUUGCUGAUUGUUGCAGUGGCCCGGGUAUCAAGUCGUAUGUCAGAAAAUGUGUGUGUGUGUGUGUGUGUGUGUGUGUGUGUGUGUGUGUGUGUGUGUGUGUGUGUGUGUGUGUGUGUGUGUGUGUGUGUGCAUCAAGUAGGACAUCAGAAAAGCAAAGAUUGCGUGUGUUUGUGUGCAUGUGUACGUGCGUGCAUGUAAGUAUGUGUAACAGUGGAUAGGUGUUGCACAGCAGCAGUUGGGGAUAUUGAGGCCUCUCUGUCUCUCUCUCUGUCAAUUAAGUUGAGCGGGAUUUCAGUGUCUGCGUGUGCGUAUGUGUGGUCAUGUACUAUGUAGGCUGAUGGAUACUAUGCUUAUCCAUUGUAUGUCGAUUUACCAAGUAUCCAUUUUGAGGCACAUAUUCUACAUGGACAAGUCUGGACAAAUCACUUGACACUUGCCACCGGAUGCACAUGGUUGAUUCUGUGCACAUCUAAGCAUCUAAACAAGCCCAGAUGCUUCUCUCCUUGGUGUGUACUGUGUAUGUGUACUAGCGAUGGCCCGUCAAAUGGGGAAAGAUUCUCAUCAGACAACCCAGUGAGCUUGCACCUGCAUUUCCCCCCACCCUUACACACCACUGAAUUGGGGCAAACUUGUGUUUUAUUUGAUCUUAAUUGUUUAGUGUCUUGCCAGGCUGUUUGUAAUUGAAACCUUGCUCUUUUUUCCGUUGUAUGAAUUUCAACUUUUUUUGCCUGUGUGGUCAUGGGUAUGAAUCCAAUUUCUUGACGUGACGAACCGUACACGUAUAUAAAUAUGGAUUUUUCUUUUGUUAGACUGUGAUACUUGAAAUGUUUUGAACUGCUGAGGUGAAGAAGCUGUGUGAUGGGGGUCUUAGGGGAAGACUGCUCUCCCUCGACACCCAUGAACUGUAUCGGGAGAAACACAGAGGUCCUGUCGGGUUGGUGCACACCUGUGUUGUCAUUCUAUUUUCUUUAGAGGGUUUUGUAAGUGUUCUAAAAAAAAGUUGUUUUAAGUCGUUCCCCACUGAUAUGUUUUGUAUGAUAUGGUUUUAUGAUUUAUUAUUAUUAAUAUUAUCAUUAUUAUUAAUAUUAUCAUUAUUAUUAUUGUUAUUAUUAUUAUUAUAAUUAUUGGGCAAAAUAAUUCAAUUAAUAUGCUUGUAUUGUAUUCAAUUUUUUGCCAUUUCUCCUUUAAUUUACUUGAAUAUGAAUUGUAUGUUUUUUAUCCUUUUUUGGAUCGUUUGUUUGUCUGUUUGUUGCAAUAUGCCUGAUCUGAACUGUGCUGUGCUGACUGUCCUUGUGUCGGAUGAAGACUGUUUUCCCCUUGUUUGCACUGGAUCUGCCUGAAAAAAACGCCUUCUGCCCUCUCGGUUAACACAGUGUCGCAAUAUGUGCCGUCACUGCUGGUGAUACGUUCAAUAUUGAAUAGUCAAUAAAAAUCAAUAUCAUGAAGUACAAGAUU